AUGCAAGUGCUCGGGCUCAGUACGAUACGUACAUCCGGAUUGAAGAAGCAGUGCGAGAUAUGCGGCCAUCAGUACGAAUUCACCAAAGUUUAUCCACCGAAUCUCCCUUCGAUCAUUCCGCCUACGGUCUACUUUCGCCAGAUCGAGCGCUACAUCGGUCGGACGCUAAAGUACAUCUAUCGAUGCUGGCUCGUCAUACUGGUCUGGCUCGUCGUGCUUCCCAUGGCGAACAUGGGCGGGCUGAGAACUUUUGGAUGGUUUGCAGAUUUUGCCAGGAUCGCCGGCUUGGUGCCCCGAGACGCGUCCGAACGGCUCGUCGACAUGACCGCCGUCGAGAACGUCACCAUCCAAGAGCUCGUCGGCAAUGCUACCUCGUCCUUACUCCCCAGUCCCUCGCCCCCCCGCUUACACGACAACGCCACGAUAUUCCAAUCCGGUCCUCUCAAGCUCCUCGAGCGCGCCGUCAGGUUCUGCUUCAACUUGACCAGAAGUGCAGCGGAGUACGAUCUGAGCACGCCUCUUGACCCAUUACCCCCACCUCCCCUACCCACACCCCAGCUCAGAUCCCACCUUACCGGCGCCUCCUUCGACGCCCCCACGCCAUACUUCAUCUUUCAAGGCCAAAUGCUCUCGAUCGGUCUCGCGGCUGUCAUCGUAUCGCUCAUCUUCCUCCGGGAGUGGUACUCGAGCUAUAACUGGGCGAAUCACGAAAAGCCCACUCCGCCCAAGGACGAGCGGAUCAUCCCCGAGGAAUGGGUCAUCCGGAACGGCAUAGCGGAGAGGCGCUUUACGAAGAUACCGAGUGGGAAGCUCAUCCCUCUGAAUGCCAAGGUGGUCAGGCAGAUGAGGAGGGAGGCGGAGGACGAUAGGCGCGAUGCGAGUAUCAAGAUGUUGAAUGACGCGGCGAAGCUGGAGGAUUGGGAGACGGAUAGUGGCGGGGAAGGCGGGGACGAGGAUGGGGACGGUGAAGACGUCGAGAGCGUGCGGGACGAGCGAGUGACGGACCCCGUCGGUGCGGUCCCGGUCCUUCCAACCCGCGCCGACUCGGUCCCCCCGCCGGGUCACAUCGAGCCAGGGCUCAGCCAAGGCGGUCCCGGCCCUUCCACACUCGCCGCUCGUCGCACAGCCGCGGGAUCCGGCACGAUCGACCCCGAAGCUUCCAUCGACGUCCGGUAUCGUCAAGGCGUCAUUUGGUUUGAGACCCUCCUCGAUCAGGCUGAAGCGCUGCGUAGCUCAAGAGCUAGGGCGGAGUUGGCGAAGGGAUUGGAUGCGGCGGCGUGGAGGGCACCGGAGUUGCUGAGGGAUGCGGCGGAAGGAUCCGCAACAGGCGCAAUGGUCCAGGAGCUCCCUCCAGCGCCGAACGGAAUAGAAGAGGACUCUGCAAGCGGGGAUCCGGAACAACAGCCGGUGCCUGACACCAUCGUGGUGUCCAGUUCGGACGUUACGGCGGACCCGUCGGUGCAACCAGCUACCCCAGCUCCGACACCACCUUCUUCGCCUCUCGAAGCCAAGCCAUCAUUAUCGCCUGCAGAGAUGCUUGCGUUCGUCAGAUCGAUGCCCACCGACAACCCGCUUACGUAUCUCCUGCAGCUAGUCGAAGCCGCCUCGUCCGAUAACCAAGAUCGACACACGGCGGCUUCGCAGGACAUGUCGGUCAUAGCAUCGCGCCCAACGACGGGUGCCACCGAAUUUGACCUUACCGAAAUGACCAACAUCAAUCUGCGCUUGGACACUAUCCUAGCGGACGGGGACAAGAUCUCAGAGAUGAUGGCGAAAGUGGAUACAUUGAUAAAAAGUUACAAGGAUCUGUCGGAUGAGAUCCGCGAGAUACUCUCCAAUUUGAUUGCAGGAGGGGACAAGGCGGGAUCGGCGGAAGCUAAGGGAAUGCAGGGCAAGAAGGCGGAAGAGGGAGAUAGGCUGAGCGUGCCCGCCGCCUAUCCCGAGGGGGCCACGGAGCUCCCUCUCCCGAACGCUGUUGCUUCAAUUAGCGGCCCUACGGAUGAGAUCUCGGUGCCGUCUCCGGGCGACACAGCCGUGCCCCCAUCUCCUGAUGCGGUCGUCGGUCGUACUGGACACCCACAGCCACUCUUUCAGCCCGCGGCUCCGAUGCCCUGGGAGGUUUACGGUGGGGAAGACAACUUGUCCGGCGAUGUUUCCGCAGACAAGGUGCCUGGGGCCGAGACUUUGGCCGACCUGGCGGACGGGGCGGCAUCGGAUCGCUCUCACGAAGAGGCUGGUCAAUUUCAACAAGCACCCUCCGGAUCGGCUCUCAUCGGCGGAGCAUCAGCUGCCGCACCCAGAGAAAGCGAAGAUGCUCCCUUACCGAAAUCGACCGGACUCGUAGCCUCACUUGAUGUCGAGCUCAAUGACCAACAAGACCUCGCUCAGUAUAUGGCGCACAAGAAUCGGCAUGUCCAUGCUAGGGCCUCGACCGAUCAUGAGAGGCACCGAGGGGCGAUGGCAGCGGAGGCUGCGCCGGAACAAAUCGCUGCGGAGCUUUGGGAGGACGAGGACUGGCGCCAAGAGACACGGGCGGCGGAGGCGGCGGAGGAGCGAGAGGCGGUGAAGAUAUGGCAGGAGGCGGCGGGUGAUGUGCAUGAAGAGGUAGAGGACGGGGAUACGGUCGCAGGGGACGAGGACAUUGUCGCACUCGAUCAGGCGGAAGAGGAUGAAGACGCGGAAGAUAAUCCAGCCGAGGAGGCCGAGGAGGUCAUGUUUGAGGACGAAGAAGGGGGCGCAUGGGCACCGGACGACUGGGAUCAGAUCUUGGAGGUCGUCGGUCUUGUUGGCCCUUACUCGGCUCUCAUCCAGAACCUCAUCCUCGCUAUCGCCAUCAUGGGCGCCACCAUGUCCACCUUCGUCCUCUUCCCUAUGACGGCCGGCAAGAUGCUGCUCUGCAUCGAUCCAAUACGUUCCAUCCUCGGUAUCGCCAAACUCGGUUGGAGCAUCGCUCGGACAUUCCUCCGCUGGUCUCGGUACCUGACCGAUCCCAUCGUCGACAUCGUCGUGGAGAUUGUGCGGGAUGUAGUGCUCAAGCCACUCGGUGGGGCGUUCCUGGCGGCCGGAAAGAUCCUGGCGAGGGUGUUGGGGCUUGAGGGGCGAUACAGCUCGUCAGGUGGGCUGGAUCUCGCGGGAAUGCUGGGCAAAGCGAAGAAUUUUGCUGGGAUCGGGACGGUCGCAGAGCCGGUGCUACGCGAUCCGCGUAUCCUCAGCAUCGCCAUUCCCGACCUCAUCACCUCCCGCCUGACCCUCAUCCCGUCGACCCUUGUCAUUCCUCUCGAUAUCAAGUCCGAGACUAUCCUCGACGGUCUCGCUCUCUUCGGCAACAAGGCCUACAAAGCCUACGACGUCUACCGCUCCUUCGCCAUUCGGACCGCCACGAGCGGGACCAUCGGCGAUGGGAUCGCCUGUCUCGUCCUCGCCUACGCUGUUGUGCUCGGUCUGGUGGUCACCGUGGCGUGGCUGGGGGAGAUGGGACACAUCCAAGCGAGUGACGAGUGGAAGAAGGGUCUUAGACGAUUCAGGGCUUCGGUCAAGCUCAUCAUGUUCCUUGCGCUCGAGCUGGUCGCCUUCCCGCUCGGUGCUGGUGCGCUCAUGGCCUUGUGCUCGAUGCCGCUGGUUCCGUAUACUUCAGUGCUGGAGAAGAUCAAGGAGACGAGGGAGAUCGCGCUCGGAGUGGCCUUCAUGACCUGGCUUGUCGGUACUAUCUUCAUGUACGGAUUUGCUCAGGUUCUGGCCUGGUGCCGAUCGUACUGCCGACCGGGAGCACUUUACUUCAUCCGAGACCCGCACGAUCCAAAGUACUCGCCAGUCAAGGAGAUUAUCGACCGAUCGGCCGGGGCGCAAUUCCGCAAACUUGGGCUUUCGACGCUUAUGUAUAGCUUCCUCGUUUGGUGGCUGUUCGGCGCUGUCCCAUGGGGCAUCAAAUGGCUUGUACCGAACGGCAUCUUACCCCUCAGAAGAGAUGGAUUUGGACCGCUCAGUCCCAUCCCCUUCGACUAUAUCUUUCUCCUUGUUGCUCUACCCCACACUAUCCAUUCGAUUCGGCCGCAGCGUACCCUGAAGAAGUUCCUGGGCGUGUAUUGGCGCUACUCGACCCGACUUCUCCGACUCGAUCGCCUGCUCCUCAAUUCGUCAGAUGGGCGCGACUGGACCCAACCUGCCAAGCCUGGCCGAGUCGAAAGCAUCAUCUGGAACGCCCUCGACAUCCCCUUCCGUCUGCUUUUCGGAUCGUACCAGUCCGACGCGACAUUCGCUCGCGUACCCGCUCAAGACCGCGUCGUCCUCCUUUCCGUCAAAGUACGCGGCUCAACGCGCCGCGAGGGGAUGUUCAUCCCUCUCGAUGACCGCCGACAGCCCAAGACGGAGCACGACAAGCUCAAGAUGAUCCGUCAGGAUCUCUUGUCUCGGAAGGCGGACAGGAAUCCGGUCAUGGACUUCAAGGUGGUGUUUCUUCCGGAGAAGUGGAGGACGAGGGUGCAUGUCUUUAUCUUAUCGAUGCUUGCGGGCGGUGGAGCGACGAUGGGUUUGGCCACGCUGGGACCUAUCGUGUUGGGACGGGAGAUUUUGAAGGGGCGUUUUGGCCAGGUGCACGAUGGCUACUCCUUCCUUGUUGGCGCAUACACCAUCUAUGCCGCCAUUCUGGCCGGUCGCCGUACCUACGUGAUCACGGUCGCCCUCGGACGCGCGAGAGAGAGGCGACUCGCCACUCGUCAAACCAAACUCAAGCGGUACUUCAUGGCGAGAAUGCGCAAGGCCAUUGCCAUCUUUGCGAUCUACUUGGUGCAUCCGAUCUUGAGGGGCAUGGUAUGGGAGCUCAGGGUGGGGUUGUUUAUGCGAUACGGACUCAGCUUUGCUGCUCCUGUUGUUCACAUUUGGGAUGUCUGGGCGCUGGGUGCUAUACUCAAUUCGAUAGAGCUUGGCGCUUGCGGUCUUUUUGGCCGGAUCAGAGGAGAGGAAGCGCACGAAGUCCACCAGCUAUGGAGCGACCCAUUCGAGCACAAUCUCCGGCACAUCGCUCUCAUCCUACGCGCUGAAUUCGCCUCGCUGGCCAUCGACAUAUCGUUACCUUUCGUAUUCACGUACAGCUUGACUUUGCUCCUGGCAGGAAGGGAGCCCAUGGCGAUGGCCAUGCCGAAACAGCGGUUCAUGAUGGCCGAAUUCCGAGUCGCCGGGAUCGUCACUUGGUUCGCCAAAUUCUGCUGCCUACGUAUACCGACCAUGCCUGCUCAAUGGCGCAAGUGGCGGCAAGCCGUUAUCGACGCCGAAUAUGUGGUGGAGGAGCGCGUAGAGAACUAUGAGCCGCCGAUGGACGCGGAGAAGGAGGUGUCGGACGACAAGGUGGCCGGCGCAGAGAAGGCGGAGGCGGAAGAUAGGCAAGCGGAUGCGGCGCAGGCGGCCCAGGUGGCUGUACCUGACGCGACGGCGGCGGUGGCGGAUGAUGCGGAGAUAGAGCAUGAUCCUUCCUUGCUGGGCGAACCAUCGGAAGGGGAAGCAGCGCCCGCCGGGGUCGAGAGGGCCGAGAAGCCGGACGGCAAUGUCCAGGACGACGGCGUUAUACAGGAUGGAAGUGAACCAGCUCACGAGGUAGUUGGGGCGCAACCGGAGGCGGCUGGUCUGGGAGCUAUCGAGGCGAAACCGAUGGCUGUGGUCGAAGAUGAGGAUGACGGUGCAGAGUGGGAGUCGGACUCUGAGCCAGGGGAUGAUUGA